AUGGGGCAGUCGAGCGCCGACGUGCCCAACCCGAUGCCAUCGUCAGUAGGCGCCCUCGCACCGAUGCAUGUCCUCCGUGCCCGACGCCUUGAAGAGCCACGGAUGGCGUCCGGCAGCGUCCACGGCACCGCUUCGGCCAACGGGGUGGAAUGCAGCUUUCAGCUGCCCAAGCCCGUCGCCGCCAACCGCGAGGUUGAACUGACCACUCACACGACAUUGUUGGAGACCCAGCCAGGAAAAGAACAAGCCCCCUGA